AUGGUUCGGGCGGUGGACCGAGGGACCCCCAGGAGAGAGUCUAUAGCUACUGUGGUUAUCACUGUGCAGGACCGCAAUGACAACAGGUAAGAGACAGGCCAGACACGGAGGAGCUGUCACUUUGUGACAACUGCUGACUUAAUUGAUUGAUUGAUUGUUUUUUUCGAUUGAUUGAUUGAUUUUAUUUCAUUUUUUUUACCCAACAAGCCCGCGCUUCAUCAAUAAAGACUUCACAUUCUUCGUGCCAGAGAACUUCCCGGGGUUUGGCGAGAUCGGUGUUCUCUCGGUGACAGAUGCAGACGCGGGCGAGAACGGCUGGGUGGCGCUCUCCAUCCUCAACGGCAGCGACGUCUUUGUGAUCGACACGGGCCGCGGCGCUCUAAGGGCCCGGACCCCUCUGGACCGGGAGCAGCAGGGGACGUACUACCUCUGGAUCGAGGCGGUCGACGGAGGGGAACCUGCGCUCUCCUGCGUCACCAUGGUUACUGUCCUCCUCCUUGACGUGAACGAUAACCCUCCCGUGGUCUUGUUCCCCCAGUCUAACCAGUCCUACAUGCUGGUGUUACCUAGCACCCUCCCAGGGACCUCCAUCACGGAGGUGUACGCCGUGGAUAAAGACACAGGGAUGAACGCUGUUAUCGCCUACAGCAUCGUCAAGAGGAAAGGUGGCGAGCCGGGAUCGUUCGACAUCGACCCGGACACGGGGAAUAUCACGUUGAAGAGAGAACUGAGCGACCGCGGUCUCUAUAGUCUGCUGGUUAAAGUCUCGGACCGUGGUCAGCCUGAACCGCUCCACGCCACGGUCCUGGUCAACCUCUUCGUCAACGAGACGGUUUCUAACGAGAGCUAUAUCCAGAGUCUUCUCACCAGGGAGGCCGAGAUCCAGAUCGAGGAGAAGCCGUGGUAUGUGGGGAAGCUGACAGAGAGGCCUGGCAGAGAGGAGUUGUUCCCCUGUCGGCCGGUACUCAUAGCUCUGUCAGUCACCUGUCUAGGACUACUCAGCAUUGUCGUCACAUUGACUGCUUAUAUAUGCUGCAAGAAACUGAAGAAGCAUCAAAUGAAAAGACUAGAGGUUGAGAUUCCUUUGAAGAUGAACGGUGACUCGCAGGAGGUGGGUAGAAAGCUUAUGGAAAUCUCCAACAUUUGA